GGAUAAAGUUCAUUGACAUGUACAUAAAAUAGAGUCCCAUUCUAGCUUAGGGAAGCUCCAGUAGGCACUAUUCAUCAAUGGAGCCUCUGUUCUGUCUUCUGUCGCCAGCUCCUUCGAAGCUUUCUUUAAUCAGACCCUCUUCUUCAGUGGUUGCCUCAGCAACUUCCUUUUCUUCUUUGUCAUUCGCUUCCAUGGCCUGUCCUCCACAGCGAAAAACAUCCACUACAAGACAGAGUUCUUCAAAACUCGCCAAAGCUCCAUCUCCCACAUUGCCUGCAAGUAAUGAAGACCCAGCAGCCUUAUCCUCCGUUCCGCCCAAGAAGGUUCUGGUUCCAAUUGGGUUUGGCACAGAAGAAAUGGAGGCGGUUAUUAUAAUUGAUGUUCUACGCCGAGCUGGUGCAGAGGUGAUUGUUGCCUCUGUGGAACCACAGCUUGAGAUUGAGGCUGCUAGUAGAAUGAGACUGGUUGCUGAUACCUCUAUCGCCAACUGCUCUAAUGAAAUUUUUGAUCUCGUAGCUUUGCCGGGAGGCAUGCCUGGUUCAGCAAGAUUAAGAGAUUGUGAGGUUCUCCAGAAAAUUACGAGCAAACAAGCAGCGGACAAGAGGUUAUAUGGAGCUAUAUGUGCUGCUCCAGCUGUCACACUCCUGCCGUGGGGCCUUCUUAGAAGAAAGCAGACAACGUGUCACCCUGCAUUCGUGGACAAGCUUCCAACCUUCUGGGCUGUUAAGUCAAAUGUUCAAGUGUCAGGAGAGCUUACAACAAGCCGUGGUCCUGGAACUUCUUUUGAGUUUGCUCUAUCCUUAGCUGAGCAGCUUUUUGGAGAGUCUAUUGCCAAUGAGGUUGGAGAAUUGUUGUUGUUACGUACUGCUGAUGACCUCUGUAGAAAGGAUGAGUUUAAUGAAGUUGAAUGGUCUAUUGACCACAAACCACGGGUUCUCAUUCCAGUUGCAAAUGGUUCUGAAGAGAUUGAAAUAGUAACUAUCGUGGACAUUUUACGGCGAGCAAAGUUGGAAGUUGUGGUUGCUUCAAUCGAAAAAUCUGUGCAGAUUUUGGCAUCUAGAGGCACAAAGAUAAUUGCUGACAAGUUAAUUGGUGAUGCUGCUGAGUCUAUAUAUGAUCUAAUAAUUCUUCCGGGAGAAAUUGCUGGGGCCAAACGGCUACAAAAAUCAAAGGUUCUGAAGAAGCUGCUCAAAGAACAAGAUGCAGCUGGAAGAAUAUAUGGGGCAGUUUGCUCUUCCCCUGCAGUUCUACAUAGUCAGGGUUUACUGAAGGAUAAGAAAGCCACUGCACAUCCUUCUGUUGUGAGCCAGCUAACCAAUGAAGUAGUGAAUGGUGCCAAAGUAGUUAUUGAUGGUAAAUUGAUCACCAGCAAAGGACUUGCAACCGUAACAGAUUUUGCAAUGGCAAUUGUGAGGAAGCUUUUCGGCCAUGCAAGGGCAAGGAGCAUAGCUGAAGGCCUUGUUUUUGACUAUCCUUGGACUUAGGUAUCCAAUUGAGGGUGGAAGUCAAUGCGGAUGCCCUGAGGUGCAAAGGCUAGCAGCUUACGUAAGACUAAUCGUCGAAUGCGGGAGAGAAAUCUUCUUAGCAGCACAAGGCUUCAAGGGGAUGAUUCACAGUUUUGGCCGUCGUGUUUGCUCUCUCUAGUACUGAAACCAGAGAAGGAUGAUAACUGGGUGUCUGAGGUCCAAUGCAAAUUCAUGUACUUCCAUAUUUGGUUGAGCUGAUUACAUCUCCAAAUGCAUACAUCAUCAUGAUCCAUUUUUCCAUCUUGGAUUGAUGAUUUAGUGCAAAGCAAAAUAACUGUAAAAAAAAAAGAAUAAUAAAAAUUUUCUAUUGUAAUGCAGUUUGCAGUUUCAGGUGGUGUUUGUACUGUCAAAGCUUUGAGUUUCCCCUGUAUUUUCACUGAAACCCAGGGUAGACCUAAUUAAAGACCUCAAUAUUUAUGUACUUCAUAUAUUGUCCAUGCUCAGAUGAGGAUGAGGAGAAGCCAUCCCACUGUCUCAUCAGAGGAGAGAUUAUAGAAUACCUCAGUGGUAACAACUAGGAUUUUCCUAGUUGGUACCACAAUCUAUUUAUAUUUC